AUGCGCGCGCCCCCGACGCGCGACGCGCCGACGCGCCGCGCGCCCGCGCGCGCGCUCUACGCGUGUUACCUCGUCGUGAGCCUCGAUCCGAGCAAGAAGGGAAAGUCGUACGUCGGAUUCACGACGAACCCGCCGCGACGACUCGCGCAGCACAACGGCGCGAUCGCGAACGGGGCCAAGUACACGAUGCGACUGCGACCGUGCGACAUGGUGCUCGUCGUCUCGGGAUUCAGCGACAAGGUGCAGGCGCUGCAGUUUGAGUGGGCGUGGCAGCGACCGGCGAGCUGUCGAGCGACGCGAACGUUGGCGAGGGAGCGCGGAGUGAGCGAUAAAACGAGCGCGCCGGGGAAGAAGGCGAUGGUGAUGUGUGGGAUGUUGAACACGGCGCCGUGGAAACACAUGCCGCUGACGGUGCACUGCAUGAGCGAGGUCGGGGAGAGGCUGAUUGAAAAGUACGCGGACGCGAUUCCGGCGCACGUGGAGCGGAGACGAACGACGACGCGGGAGAUGGAUGCGAUCGUCGCGGCGAGCGCGAACGCGGAGGAGGAGGAGAUGGAUGAGGAGAUGGAUGAUGCGAUGCGAGCGCGGGUGAUGGACGUCGGUGUGAGUGGGACGCCGAGCGCGUCGGCGUCGGCGUCUCGGCCGGGCGGGGAAGCGCUGAAGUGCGGCGUGGACGCGUGCGGGAAGGCGAUUCGAAGCGAUCGCGCCGUCGGGUGCGCGACGUGCGGCGCGCGUUUUCAUCCGGUGUGCUUGGCGCGUCAUUUUUUCGAUCGCGCCGGGGACGAGGCGUUGUCGUGGUCGAGUCGAUUGAUCCCGGACCACGGGCCGUGCGCGCGGUGCGGAAAACGUCUCACCUGGGGCGCGGCGAUCGGCGCCGGCGCGGCGAGAGAACCCGCGACGGAAACGACGACGCCUCGAGUCCACGCCUCGCGUGAUUGCGAGCGAGACGGCGAAGUCGUGACGUCGACUGAAAAGAUCCGACGCUUGCGGUCGGCGGAGAGAAGAGAAGUCGAACGCGCGAGAGUGCAAUCGUGGGCCAGGGACGUGAGCGACGUGAGCGAUGAUAGCGACGACGAUAUGCACGACAGCGACAGCGACGUGAUCGUAGAGUAG